UGGAGAUCUCCACACACGACCACGAAGUGCUGGCUGCCAGGAGUUCGACCAGGUUCUUGGACAUAUCUCUCUUUCUUCACCCCUUUGUGAGGCCGGUUUCCUUACCUUUUACUUGUCUCUUUACCGUGGACUCUCCAUCUUCGAGUCAUCAAACAAUAAAAUGAUAGCUCUAGGUACAAGUGGACACCCAUAGAGAGCUCUUGAGGAGCUGGACUGAGUUGACAUCUGUUAAUGACAUUGGUGCUGUUUGAGAGUGACAUCAUUGGGGCUGUUAAGUUUCAUCCCCUGAAUCCACUGUUAACCUUAACAGUCACACGGACAUCUUCGGCUUCUCUGUAUCAGAUCUCAACUCCAUACAAACAAAAGCUCUAUGUGCGGUUAAAGGACUACACUCCUUCUCAAGAGUACCAGUCAAGACUCCAGCAGAUCACAAAGGCCUUGGACUCGGCAAGGAAGGAGGAUGUUGAGGACGAAGAGACCCAGCUGGCCGUCCGCAGCCACCCCAUCAGGAGGAACCCUCUCUUUGCCAAGUUCUUCAGCAAACCAGAGGACAGAGACACUUUGGCAUUGACUAGAGUUCUUACAAGCCACCAAGCUGCUCUGCACAUUGACUCUCCCAAGGGUCUUUUCCUCUCAGGCGAGGUUGGCACCGGCAAGUCUAUGCUGCUAGAUCUCCUAGCCGAGGGCUUACCCACUCACCGAAAGAAGAGAUGGCACUUCAACACCUUCAUGUUGUACGCCCUCUCCAGGCUGGAGCAGUUCCGAAAGUCGCGUUCCCAGUUGUCUAUGGGUGAUCAGGAGUAUUCCCUCCUGUGGUUGGCAAAAGAGAUGGUGGAGAAGUCUCCCAUUCUCUUCCUCGACGAGUUCCAGCUUCCCGAUAGAGCUGCGAGCAAGAUCAUGAAUAACUUAUUUAUCGCCUUCUUUCAGCUGGGAGGUGUCCUCAUUGCAUCAUCUAACCGGAUGCCCGAGGAGUUGGAAAAGGCCACAGGCGGGUAUUACCACCCGCCCACAACCGGUGGUCUGAUCAAGCAGGUCUUUGGCUUUGGAAAGCGCCAGGGAGAGUUGUUCGGCCAGACCAGUGACUUUGCUGCGUUCCUGGAGGUUCUCAAAGCACGAUGCGACUUCUGGCACAUGGAAGGUGCCCGAGACUGGAGGAGAAGGGAGAGCCAGCAGAUUGGCGUUACAGGUAAAAGCGUGGACAAGGUGACGACGGCUUCAGGGGCGGCCUCCUUUCAACCCGUGUUUGGGUUAUCAUCAUCCACAGAGCCACAAAAAACAACUACUUCAGAGGAGACCAUCACCGAACAGGGUCUUCAAAAACCAUCCAUGUACUUUCUCCCCUCCGACCCCGAAGAAACCUGGACAGCCGCCGUCAACCAACUCGUCGGCUCAAAUAGCACCGGCCAACAGUGGACCCCAACCAGCCUCAUCGUCUACGGCCGCAAGGUGCACGUCCCGCGCCACCACAACGAUGUCACCUACUGGGACUUCUCCGAGCUGGUCUCCUCCCACGGCCCAGCCGACUACCUCACCAUGGCCUCGACCUUCCACACCUUCAUCAUCGACCAGGUCCCCGUUUUGUCUCUGGCCAUGAAGAACGAAGCCCGCCGCUUCAUCACCCUCCUCGACGCCCUGUACGAGUCCAAGUGCAAGCUCCUCAUCCGCGCCGAGGCCGGGCCUGAUGAUCUCUUCUUUCCCGAGAUGCGUCCAGCCAAACCAGUCACCACAUCAACAACAACAACAACAACAACAACAACAACAACAACAACAACAACAACAACAACAACAACAACAACAACAACAACAACAACAACAACAACAACAACAAGCACGGGCAAUGGAACCGAGCAGGUAGCAGGAGUAGUAGAAGGAGACGCAACCUACUCCGAAACCAUAGCCGAAGUCUUCCAAGACUCGAUCGCGCCUUUUCGUCCGAACAUCUCCGAAUACGACCCGGACCAAGACUCGGAUUUCGGCAAAGAGCAGCAAGUGUCCCUGACGCGCAAAGUGGACUUCAACCAGACCGUUUCGGCGUUCACGGGGCAGGACGAGCGGUUUGCGUACAAGAGAGCGACGAGCCGGUUGUGGCAGCUGUGCAGCAGGCAGUGGCAUGCUAGGACGGAUGAGGGUUGGUGGCAGCCGCUGCCGAAGGAGGCGAGGCAUUGGGAGGGCAAGGAGGUUAGUAAGCCGUUGGAAUCACCGUUGGUGAGGUUGAGGAUGGGGCCUUCUGAGAAGGAUAAGACGGAGAUUGUCAUGGGGGAGUCGACGGUGCUGGAGGAGCCGGUGGGGUUGGAGAGGUUUAGGGUUAGGGAGAUGAAGGAGGGGAGCAGGCGGUGAUGGGGAUGAGGUUGGAUGUUGGGUUGUAUAUAGAUGUUUUGGAAAUGAUUACAUGUUCUCACGAGUGCUUCGGGCAGACCUUGACUCAAGUCUUCCGUGAUAUACUUCCAGGGAUACGAACCAAGUUCCUGAUCAA